AUGGCAGCUCCCAAAUCCGUCCAGCUAGACACGAGCACAGGACCCAUAGUAGUGGAAUUAUACUGGGAUCACUGUCCAAAGACGUGUCAGAACUUUUAUGAGCUGGCUAAAAGAGGAUACUAUAAUGGAUGCAAGUUCCAUCGCAUCAUUGCUGAUUUCAUGCUACAAACUGGUGAUCCAACAGGGACAGGCCGAGGAGGCCAAUCCAUAUACGGUGAAAAGUUCGCGGAUGAGAUACAUCCAGAGCUGAAACAUACUGGUGCUGGUAUACUUUCCAUGGCGAACAGCGGCCCAAACACAAACGGUUCCCAAUUCUUCAUAACGCUUGCACCAACCCCAUGGCUCGACGGCAAGCAUACUAUAUUUGGACGUGUCGCUGCUGGUAUGCCUGUAGUGAAAAGGCUGGGUAUGGUACCUACUGAUCGGAAUGAUAGACCUGUUGGAGACGAUGUGUUGAUUCUGAAAGCGUCGGCUUUGUGA